GUUGAGCACCCAACCUCAAGCAAGAUACCCUCAAUUCGCCAUUCCUCUUCGGCUUCUCCACGAUACCCAAUUCCACCGAACUCAGAAGCCCAUCUCUAUUUGAUUGCGGAUUUGCUUUGACCGGCAGAAGACAGGCAAGAUGUUUAGAAACAACUAUGACAACGAUUCGGUUACUUUGUAAGUGCCCAGAAGCUAUCUAUGAAGCUCCAAAUAUAUGAGUUGGAGGAUGAGAAACUGGGGAGGGGUUGAACAUAGCACUUCCAGCAUUGAAGCUGACCUUUUACUACAGUUCACCACAAGGACGGAUAUUCCAAGUCGAAUAUGCCUCUGAAGCCGUAAAGCAAGGAAGCGUCGUCGUUGGAAUAGUUAGCAAAACACACGCCGUCCUCGUAGCAUUAAAGGUCCGCAUAUCAACCACUCUCUUAUGACAGUCCAAUUUCUGACCUUGACCCAGCGUAACGCUGAAGAACUCUCCUCAUACCAAAAGAAGAUCAUCGCCAUCGAUGAACACCUGGGACUCUCCCUCGCUGGUCUCGCCUCCGAUGCUCGCGUCCUCUCCAACUUCAUGAAGCAACAAUCCCUCUCCUCCCGCCUAACCUACGGCCGCGCCAUUCCUCUCUCCCGCCUCGUCAACUCCAUCGGCGACCGUGCACAAACCAAUACCCAACACUACGGCAAGCGACCCUAUGGUGUAGGCCUCCUCGUAGCAGGUGUCGACGAGACGGGACCACAUCUCUUUGAGUUCCAACCCAGUGGUAUGACGCAGGAAAUGGUAGCUUGUGCGAUUGGUGCGCGGAGUCAGAUGGCACGAACGUACCUGGAGCGAAAUCUAGAGAAGUUUGUGGAUUGUGGGAGGGAGGAGUUGGUGGUUCAUGGACUGAAGGCGUUGAAGGAGAGUUUGGCACAGGAUAAGGAGUUGACGGUGGAGAAUUGUAGUGUGGGUGUGGUGGGCAUCAGAGGGGAGGGGAUGAAGGCUAUUGAGGGGUUCAAGCUCUUUGAUGGCCAGAAUGUGAAGCAGUGGGUUGAUAUGGUGGCCGAGGGUACGGAGGAGGCUGCUGAGGAGGAGAGUAUGGAGGUUGAUUCAUAGAGACACCAUUUUGAUAUUGGGGCAUGAUGGCUUCUCGAUACAUGACUUGUAAGACUACAAUGACAUGAACAAAAUACAUUUGAUGAUAGAAAUGCUUGGGUACGGUUAACUCUCCAAAGGAGAGAAAGUAAUCUUCAAGAUCUGUUUGUAAG